AUGUCGUCCCCUAUGUGUUCUGCCUUGAAUUUUUCUCUUGACAGUGGUAUUCCCUUAGCUGAUGUAUCUAUGUAUAAGACUGUUAUUGGGGCAUUAUUGUACCUUACCUUAACUAGACCGGAUAUUAAUUUUGUUGUAAAUAAGUUGAGCCAAUUUUUGAAAGCACCAACAACUAAACACUGGUCUACCGGCAAGAGGAUUCUAAGGUAUUUGGUGGGCAAUCCUCAUCUCGGGUUACACUUCAAAGAUACUGAUAUCCAAGGAUUUGCUGAUGCUAACUGGGCUAGUUCCAUUGAUGACAGAAGAUCAACCUCUGGUUUUUGUCUCUUUCUUGGUGGAAAUCUUAUCAGCUGGUGCUCCAAGAAACAAACAGUGGCUGCCCAAUUAAGUACCGAAUCAGAGUAUCGUUCACUUGCUUUGGCCACUUCAGAAAUUAUUUGGCUGCAAUCUCUUUUAAAGGAGCUUAACUUGACAAAUUUUCAGUGUCUAGUGUUGUGGUGUGACAACCUUGGAGCAAGUUCCUUAGCCUCUAAUCCUGUUUUUCAUGCCUGA